CGGUUAAAUGUGUUACUUGACAAACUUCAACACUUAAAGCUGUAUUUCAGUUCCGCUUAUGUGGUUCAAGACUCCUGUAAAGCUGUCGCCUUUUCGGGCUCCUCACUUAGCUUUGAUGACACCCAAGCCACUUUUGCAGAUAGAAUUACUACUCACUUUCCGCCGUUAAGGCAAUUCGUGCAAAUAAGGGUCUGAACCGCUUCAAUCAUCAACCUGCUGUCUCCAUGACAACCCCUCCACUAGUGUCACCUUUUAUCGGGCAGCCACCGCCCCAGCAGCAGGCCCAGGCAGCUCGUGAUGUUAACACUGCCUCAUUGUGCCGCAUUGGCCAGGAAACUGUCCAAGACAUUGUCCUCAGGACCAUGGAGAUCUUCCAGCUCCUCAGGAACAUGCAGCUGCCUAAUGGAGUCACUUACCACCCCAACACCCACCAGGACAGACUGGGAAAACUGCAGGAACAUCUUCGCAUGCUUUCUAUGCUGUUCCGCAAGCUGCGCCUCGUCUACGACAAAUGUUCCGAAAACUGUGCUGGGCUAGACCCAAUUCUUCCUGAGCAACUGAUCCCAUUUAUGGAUGACGAUUGCAGCAAACAUGACGACCACUCCACCGCCCAGAACCGCCCUAGUGCCGAGGAAAGGAGAGAAAUCCAGGAAGUCAACAAGGUAUUGUGUCUCAGUACAGGCACACUCUCAGCGUCACACACAUUAAGUUCCAGCGAGGUGGUUAAAAAACAACAAGAAGCUGAAGCAGAAGAACCAGCAGCUGAAGCAGAUCAUGGACCAAGUCCGCAACCUCAUCUGGGAGAUCAACUCCAUGCUGGCCGUCAGAAGCUGAACAGUCCACAUGAAUGUACAUACCCCAAGGACAACCGGACACAUGAAGAGACAGCAGAUUUUGCUGAGGCGGCACUUUACUGGCAAAAGCCAAGAGCUUUCUUUCCUGACGAGGGAAGAUGAAAACGGAGGGGCGACCAGUGAGUUGCGAGCCGGCGAAACGCGCUUGAUGGUGACAUAUUUGGGACGUCUGUCUACCUCGAUAGUCCACAUUUCAAUCAGCGGUAGGAUUUCAAUUGAGUGAGUCUCAGUGUUUUUAAUGUUAUUUGUAGCUCCAUGUAGAAAGACAUCAAAUCUAUUUAAUCCUUUUAUUUGGUGAGAAUGGCGAGUUUAAAUGUCUUAAAAGCUUCAGGUUGACUAAAGUUAAAUGCUGUCAUAAGACAAACAUGCUCAAUUUCUGUCAUCAACCUUUAUUUUUAAAACAAACAUUGAACACAAGUAACAUUGAACACCAACAUAUUAAAACUAGCCAUUUGAGUUCAUGAGUGGUGAGGCUUACCCUAACUUUCAUAUUUUUUACUUUUGUUUUACAUACAAAUCAUGACUGGAGACAAUUGAUAAUGCAAUAUGCAUUUUUGAAUAAUUUGCCUUAGAUAUAUAUUAGUCUAUCUAGCAUCUUUCCUCAGACUGUAUUUGUAUCUAAGCAGGACUUUUUGUUGUACAGUUGAAAGCCUAAAAAUUGAAGUCCCUUGAUGUUAGUGCGCAACAUAAGAUGAGAAUAAUAGUUUAAGGAAUAAUGCCAAUUUGAACAAUGUGACAGCUGGGAGCUGCCGUUGCGAGUCAACUAAGUCUGUGCAUACUCUAAUGGAAAUUAGUUAAAUUAAGCAAGACUGGGGUGAAAAAUGAAGUACGACGACUCACGGAAAAAGAAAUGGACUGUGAAGUUCCCCUUGAUCGAUAUUGUAAUGUUAUCUACAGACAAGAACAAGAUGCGCUUCCAUUCGGAGCCUUUUGGGAAGCAGGUUCACUGCUGAUUUGUCAUCCGCACCUGAACGUCAGGUCCUCAUUGUAUACAUGACAGUAUCAGCGUCUGAUUAUGGUUGUGUUCAAUAAAGCGACAAAACUCGCUUGCUUUUCUAUAAAGCAUUCAUUACCACUGCUUUGUGCUCAACGAAGCAGGAUAGAUGAAAUUUUGAAGCAAAAAUAAAUAUAUAAAA